UGACCAGAUUCAUAUUCUGGUGUAGACUCUGUUGCCGGAGCCAGUGUUGAGCCAGUCAGCCUCUUCCCCGGGAAGUGCCCGCCCUUCCCUCCUGUUAGGGUUGGCUCUCGAGCUUGUGUGCCAGUUCCUGGGUUGGCCGUGAGAGUUCUACAGACAAGGGGGAAGUGCUCUCGGUGUAUUUCCUGUGGUGGGUUCACACGCAGCUAGACACAGCUAACUUGAGUCUUGGAGCUCCUAGAGGGGAGCUUCUGGAAAGGAAGGCUCUUCAGGACCUCUUGGGAGCCAGAGAAGAGGACGUUGUCACAGAUAAAGAGCCAGGCUCACCAGCUCCUGACGCAUGCAUCAUGACCAUGAGACACAACUGGACACCAGACCUCAGCCCUUUGUGGGUCCUGCUCCUGUGUGCCCACAUCGUCACUCUCCUGGUCAGAGCCACACCUGUCUCGCAGACCACCACAGCUGCCACUGCCUCAGUUGGAAGCACAAAGGACCCCUGCCCCUCCCAGCCCCCAGUGUUCCCAGCAGCUAAGCAGUGUCCAGCAUUGGAAGUGACCUGGCCAGAGGUGGAAGUGCCACUGAAUGGAACGCUGACCUUAUCCUGUGUGGCCUGCAGCCGCUUCCCCAACUUCAGCAUCCUCUACUGGCUGGGCAAUGGUUCCUUCAUUGAGCACCUCCCAGGCCGACUGUGGGAGGGGAGCACCAGCCGGGAACAUGGGAGCACAGGUACGCAGCUGUGCAAGGCCUUGGUGCUGGAGCAGCUGACCCCUGCCCUGCACAGCACCAACUUCUCCUGUGUGCUCGUGGACCCUGAACAGGUUGUCCAGCGUCACGUCGUCCUGGCCCAGCUCUGGGCUGGGCUGAGGGCAACCUUGCCCCCCACCCAAGAAGCCCUGCCCUCCAGCCACAGCAGCCCACAGCAGCAGGGUUAAGACUCAGCACAGGGCCAGCAGCAGCACAACCUUGACCAGAGCUUGGGUCCUACCUGUCUACCUGGAGUGAACAGUCCCUGACUGCCUGCAGGCUGCGUGGAUGAGCAACACACCCGCUCCUUCUCUGCUUUGGGUCUCUUCUCUCACCAAAUUCAAACUGCAUUCCCACCCACCUAGAAAAUCACAGCCUCCUUAUAACGCCUCCUCCUCCUGCCAUUCUCUCUCCACCUAUCCAUUAGCCUUCCUAACGUCCUGCUCCUCACACUGCUGUACUGCUCAGAAACCACCAAGACUGUUGAUGCCUUAGCCUUGCACUCCAGGGCCCCUACCUACAUUUCACACAUGACUUUCUGGACGCCUCCAACUAUUCUUGCUUUUCCCAGACAGCUCUCACUCCCAUGUCUCUGCUCAUUUAGUCCUGUCUUCCUCACCGCCCCAGCAGGGGAAUGCUCAAGCCUGGUUGAAAUACCGCCUCUUCAAUGAAGUCAUCCUCUUUCAGCUGUGGCCACAUUCUGCAGACUUCAUGUCUUCAUGCUGUAUGUUUUUUUUUUUUUUUUUCCUUCACUCUAAUGGACUGUUCCAGGGAAGGGAUGGGGGCAGCAGCUGCUUCGGAUCCACACUGUAUCUGUGUCAUCCCCACGUGGGUCCUCAUAAAGGAUUAUUCAAUGGAGGCA